UGUGGGUAAUUUUAAAGUAAAGACUCGGGUGUUUCCUGUAGUCACGCUGGACUGAGAAAACACAAAUUUUUCCUACGUUCUUUUACUAUACACCACAAUUAUCUAAUAAGAUAACAUCUGUUGUAGGUUUGAACGCUGGGCUGUUAUCAAAAUGUUUGACGGUAAAAGCAAUCUCGGUUCUAAGUUUUUAUUACAGGCUUCUCUUCUUUACAAAGACAUUUGCCCUGAACAGUCGCGGUUUUUCAUGCGAAUGCAUCAGAUUCAGAGCAAGGCCCCUGUCAUUGCGGAGAGUAUGAUCUGCCCCUUCUGUUUCCAGUGGCAACAACUGGGCAAUUAUCACGUGCGUCUGCGACCCAAGCGAAAGGCCACGGCGAGGAUUAGAAAACUUCUGAAGAAGGAGUCGACAGGAAAGAGACUCAGUGCGGAACAGACUGUAGUCCUCCAAAAGUUUAAAAGGGCCUCCAAUGCUCUGAUGGCAACGUGUCACACCUGUAAUAAGAUAUCCAGACGACCUGGAAUGAACCGUGAGUUUUUGGCUACGCUGUCACAAAAACGAAGUACCCCAGGAAGUGCGGGCAAACCCAGAACUCCACAGUCAGUCAACAGGACUCCAAAAUCUGCAGUGGACAGAACAUCAAGUGGCACACCAAGGUCAUUGCCUUCAAACACCAGCUCUGCAUCAAAGACCGGCAGUGCGAAGUCAUCACCUUUCGCCCGCCUCAAAAAGAUCCUUAUGCUGGAAAACAAACAGCCGAGUAAGAAAGGUGGUCUGAAGGACUUCCUCUCAUCUCUCUGAAGACCUUGGGAUCGUUGAAAAUGAAAGACUCUGGCCCACUUUGAGAGGAGCUACUGAAGUUCAUGAUGAGGAUGAUUAUCACUUCUCCACAUGUAUUACAAUGCCACCUAGUGGAGGAGUCAUAGGAGAGUGUAACUUGUGAUACAGAACAAUGCUGUGACUUUUUGUAGUUUUUUUAUUUUUUAUUUGCUACUAUUUUCAUGAUACCGCAUAUUGUUAUUUUUUCUACAAGAAAGAUAACUUUUCUAUGUUGUGUGUUUAAUGUUAAUUUUGUACACUUUGAAUUCACACAUUUGUAUCCACUGUUUGGAUCACUGCUAUUAAAAGAAGGAUUGUCUUUACACUUCGCUUACACACUGAUUUUUUUUUUUUUUCUUUUUUUUUUAUGCUCAGAAAAUUUGUGCUGUGUUUACAUUUGAUGGCUUAUUUGCUUUCAGACUAUAUAGCAAAGACCAAAAAUAUUUCACACUGACUUUUUUUUCCUCAAUACAUUCAAAUUGUCUUGUUUGACCUUUGACAGAUUUUUUUUCAAUAAAAAGUAAGAUAAUGAA